AUGCCAAGCUUCCACCUUUGCUGCCUCGAUUGCACCCUCGUUAUUCGUCGCAUCUGGAGGCUUUUCCUCCUCACCUUUUCCCUCGUCGCUAUUUCCAUGAGCACUGGAACGAGUGAGUUCCAAACCCUUGCCCUCUCUCUGAUUUUAAAGUCUCGAGAGCUGUCGCGGAAGUUCAUAGCUAGAUUGAGCAAAUUCUCACGAGAGACGCUGCACCCAGAAAAAAGGAAUCCCAUCCGUCCGUGGGCAAGUGGUGUUAUAUUCGAGAUCGGAGCUGAAAAGGAUAAGAAAGUUGUUGAUUCUCACGCUUGUUCAUUACCGCCUUCGUCGCUUAUUUCUCACGGCCAGGUUCAACACUCACUCAGUUCCACUCCGCCGUCUGACCAAUACGGUGCACUCCAAGUGCGUAUACUUCCCCGUGGUCCGUCUUUGACGGAUGUACUGUCGGUAUGGACGGUGCAUGUGGCGUUGGGUAGCUGGAUUUGA